AUGGCAACACUCGCCCUCACCGCGGGCCUUGUGUUCUGUGUUUACGGGCUCAUCAGCAUUGGACGCUACAUCAGCCCCCUGCCCACCCCCCGCAAGAACCACAAGCUCGUCACAGACGGCCUCUUCGGUGUGUGCGUGGGGGGGGGGUACGGCGGGCUUGUCCUAGCCGCGCUGGGCCUGGCCGCCAUCACGCGCAGCGAGGGCCGCCUGGCCCUGGCAAUCGUGCUGUGGUUUGUGGUGGACCGCAAGGCCAAGUUUGAGGAGAGCUGCCUGGUGCAGAGAUACGGCGCAGAGUACAAGAACUACGCCGCCAAGACAAAGAAGUUCAUCCCCUUCCUCUACUGA